CACAAGAUACAGGUAACAGGGUGUCUAGACAUUGUCCAGAUAUUGACAACAGUGAAUAUGUUGUGUUUGUUUUUCAAAGUACUGUAAUGAUCGGUGCACUGUACCAAAACAGAAUGAAGUCUGAGAGAAGCCAUUUAUUAUGGCACUAAACCAGAAAGAUAUCAGUCAGGAUGGAACAGGUGAAAUGGCCUCUGUUCAGCCGCUAAUGUAAUCAGAUGGCAUCUGUGUGCCCAGGGGUAAACAUGUAGGUUAGGGCCCGGCCAUCAUUUUUCAAUGUAUUUUUUGUUUCUGGCAGGCAUGGUAUGUGCGCUUUUGCUUCUUGGUAGGGUGUGGUGUGAAAGAUAGUAAUUGUCAUCCUGUCGACAUGAGAGACUGCAACAAUAAAAUAGGCUGGGCACUCUAUGAUGAUGUAGAUUCCACGUUGGUUCUCUUGGUUUAAUCUAAGGUCUUAGAAAUCACAGCAUAUUGUAAUGCAAUUUGCUCGGUAUUUAAUCUGGGUGGGGAAAGGUGGCAGAGAGAAGAAGGAGGUGGGACGUCACUAAUGGGUCUGCAUUUCAGUGCGUGUGCGCACAGGCAGAGGCUUAAAAACUGUCCGUGCUUAUACAGUCAGAUGUGGUGUGGUAGCCUACUCCUCAAUUGCUUAUGUAGUUUUUAGAGUUGUAAUUUCUUUUCGGUAAGCCUGGAGAUUUCCAGGAUGCUACCUUUUGCUAGAUUUAUAACAAAACUAUAACGAAAACAUCCAUCGGUGAAAUUAAAAUCAAACUCACCAUGACUACAAACCGAGGAUUACAAAGAACUUUGAGAAGAAGUGGAAGUUUACCUGCGUCCCGUACUGUGAGAAUUGUGAUUUUGGGUCAAGCUGCAGUUGGUAAAACGGCCAUGGCAGUGCGAUUUAUCACCAGGAGAUUCAUCGGCGAGUACGACCCUACUCUAGAGACUAUCUACAGACACGAGGUUGCCAUAAAUGGAGACGCGGUACACUUCGAGAUACUGGAUACAGCGGGGCAGGAGGAGGACGCCCUGCUGAUCGAGGAGAAGAUCAGGUGGGGCGACGGCUUCCUCAUCGUCUACUCCGUCACAGACCGGUGCAGCUUCGACGAGGUCAUGCGCCUCUGUUUCCUGGUCAACCACAUCCAUGCUGGGGCCGGUGGUGGCAGGCGGAGCAACGCCGAGCCGCCGCCCACACUCAUCGUGGCCAACAAGAAGGACCUGGAGUACGACCGCAUGGUGAGCCCCGAGGACGGCGAGAACCUGUCGCGCGGCCUCAAGCUGCCCUUCCACGAGAUCUCGGCGCGGGACAGCUGGGAGGAGACGGCCGCCGUGUUCCACGCCCUCUACGCCGAGGUGGCGCAGCAGCUGGACGCCUCACCGCCCUCCUUCCGCCGUCGGGCCGUCUCCAAACUCAUGGAGAAAAUACCCAGAAUUCACUCUGGCACGGCGCUGGGUGCCGCGGGACGCAGCUUCAGCUUUGGAUCCUUUAGAGAUUUCUUGCCUGAGUAAUUACUGGGGAACAUGGACCCUCCUGAGGUACAGGAGGUGAGGGUGCAUACCUUCAACCCUGAUCUAGAUGUAGAUAGAGAAUUAGACUGAAGGCCAUAUCACAGCAGUUUGGCUAGCUCUUAGUUAGAUUACUUGCUGAUAAAAACAACACAUCUGUGUGGUUACUCAAUGAAUUUUGCAGACAGACUAGACAGAUUAAUAUAUGUGUUGAUCUGCCUUUAUAUUAAACAUUACACAGUAUUUUGUUCAUAUCCUGGAAAUACUGGUGAUUGAAGAGAAACUGGAGGAAAGAUGGCAACCUCUCAUUGGACAGGUUAAAAACUUUGACAGUGCAGAGACGCAUGGAACAAUGCCUGAAUAAAUGGCUGACUUUUUUCAUGGUCAGCAAAAUGCAGAAUAUAAAGUUGCUCAUUUACAGUAAUUUUAGAGAGACUAUGGAUAAUAGUAAUGUUAAAUAUUUCUCAAAUCCUUUUCAAACAAAAACUGGAUAACAUGUAUGUGGAAAAUAUUUAACAUGAAUGUAAACCAGCAAUUACUUAUACUACAUUCUGGGAAAUUCUGCGAAUUGAAGAAGUGAGAAUGCAGCAUCACUUGGCUGUGAACAGCAUCCCCUUAGUAGAUGCAUUAUCUUUUGCCUGGUGGUGGACACAUGAUCUACAUGUAUUGAUAGUAGCAGCAGCAUGUCAUUUUCCCCAAGAGCUUUUACAUUCUCACAAUUAUCAAUAAAGUAGAUGCUUCAGGGGGAAAUGGCUCCCAGUGUCAGACCACAGAUAUAAUCUAAAAAUCUCAUUGAGACUGAAUACCCAAACUAAUUAUUUUGGUUUUUCUGAAGGAACUUAUACUGUAUAGAUGCCUGCCAAUCUUUGGUGUACAGCAAGCUUGCCACUUGCUGUGAGUAUUGCACACACAAGAUUUUGUCCAACUUAAACUAAAAAAAUAUAAUGCAUUUUAGUAAGAAAUAUUCGUUUCACUAAUUAUCUUAUUACCUAAAAUCUAGCAUGUUGAAACGGCCUGAAUCACAGAUCGAUAUGAUCAUAAAUUAAAGAUACCUCUUCCACUUAAUUUUGACCCGACACAUCACCAGAAACAAACAGUUGAGACUUCAUUUCACAGAGAAGCUAUGACGCUGGAAGCCAGUAACCCUUGACCAGACAGGAGAGGAACAAUGAAGUAACAGUCUUCAGUGUGUUCAGAGGAGUACUCUAAUGACAGUGUACAAGCGUGGGUUAUUCAGAACAGUCUGUUUUAGUUCAGAGUUAUAGCAAGGGGCCACCUGUAAUAGAACAGCCUUUGUGGUGUCCUUCUUUGAUGCUAUGGGAACAUAUUUGAUCAGUUGAGCAUUUGCUGCAACUGAUAACUGAGUGUGAGAGGCCAUACGCAAGAAUAACCCUGCUGGAGAGUUAUGGACCAGAUCAUGGGUAAUGUUUCUCUGUGUUUCAAAAUCUAUUAAAUUAUGCUCUUCUGUCUAUAUUGCUCUGGCUUUGAGCAACUGGAUGUCAAAUUUAGUUUACUUCAUGCAUGAGAGACUUUGCUUGUUUUCUGACUUUGCACUAGCCCUGGUCUUACAUUGCUUUGGUUCUAAAAGAUAAUUUGGAUUUUGGUCAUCAGAGACUGCUUCCAAAGUCUUCCACCCCAUUUGUGGGCCUCUCUUAGCUUGCCAAGAAUCACCAUCCCUGCACCCUCACAGCAGUGAUCUUCAUGAAUCUGGCAAAUCAAAGCCACUGUCUGAUUAGUCUGACCUCUUUGCCAGCCAACACCCAUCCUGCUAAUCUCCAGAGACACAG